AAGCCAGCAGCACGCGGAGGUUUUGCAACGUACAAUUUUGUUUUGCAUUUAGUGGCCGCGUGGCCAACGUUCGACAACAACAAACAUUGCCUCCGUUUGACUGGGCCAUUACAAUCCGCCCCAUUGUUCCGUGGCAACAUUUGCGUCAAUCAAUUUGCGUACGAGAUCGAGAUCAUUCAAAAAGUGUUCGGAAAUGUUCGUCAAACGAAGGAAGGUGGCCAAUUUCAACAAUAACUCGUUCCUGGCCAACUCUAACUACGAGAAUCACCCGGAAGGACGGGCGAAGAUGUUCCGUUGCAGCAAGCACAAGGAUUGCAACGGCAAUGUGUCGGAAGAGUGCCUGCAGGUGGCCACCAAUGUUACGGAGCAGAAGCACAAUGUGUCGCGAGAGGUGCGCGGACAAAAUCUGGGUCUGUGCCGUGGGUUCCGCGGGUGCACCGUGUGGCUGACGGGGCUCAGUGGGGCCGGGAAGACUUCGAUCGCGUUCGAACUGGAAGCGUAUCUCGUCUCGAAGGGCGUUCCGGCGUACGGGCUCGACGGUGACAAUAUUCGCACCGGGCUGAACAAAAACCUUGGCUUCUCGCAGGUCGAUCGCGAGGAAAACAUUCGCCGCGUGGCGGAAGUGGCGAAGCUGUUCGCGGACAGCGGUGUCGUGUCGAUCUGCAGCUUCGUGUCGCCGUUCGCCGAAGAUCGCGAGAUGGCGCGCAAAAUCCAUAAGGAUUGUGAUCUAAAGUUUUUCGAAGUGUACGUAGACACACCGCUGGAGGUUUGUGAGACCCGCGACGUGAAGGGGCUGUACAAGAAGGCCCGCCAGGGCGUCAUCCAGGGGUUUACCGGUGUAACGCAGGCGUACGAGGCACCGGAGUCACCGGAUUUGCGCGUGAGCACCGAACUGCUGACCGUGCGUCAGUCGACGCUGAAGCUGAUCCGGUUUCUAGAAGACGAAGCCAUCAUACCAAAGUUCCUGAAGGAGGACGCGCCGCUGCCGGAGCUGUUCGUGUCGGAUGAGCUGAAGCCGGAAGCGCUGUCACUGCCAUCGCUCACCAUCAGCACGGUCGAGCUGCAGUGGCUGCAGGUGCUGGCGGAAGGCUGGGCCUUCCCGUUGCGGGGCUUCAUGCGGGAGCAAGAGUAUCUGCAGGCGCUGCACUUCAACUGCUUGCUGAACGAGGACGAAACACUACGAACCAAUCAAUCCGUCCCGAUAGUACUGUCGGCCAGUGCAGCUGAUAAGCAGCUGCUGGAAGGGGUCAGCGCCCUGGCACUACAUUAUGAGGGGCGCGCAGUGGCCAUUCUGCGAAAGCCGGAAUUUUUCGAGCACCGCAAGGAGGAACGAUGUGCACGUCAGUUCGGAACGACAAACCGCGAUCAUCCGUAUAUUAAGAUGAUCUACGAAGCCGGUGACUAUCUGGUCGGUGGCGAGAUAGAGGCGUUUGGGCGGAUCGAAUGGAAGGACGGCCUCGACAGCUACCGACUGACGCCGAACGAGUUGAGGAAAAAGUUCAGCGACAUGAAGGCGGACGCCGUGUUUGCCUUUCAACUGCGCAAUCCUAUCCACAAUGGGCACGCACUGUUGAUGAGCGAUUGCCGCCGGCAGUUGCUGGAACGGGGGUUCAAGAAUCCGGUUCUGCUGCUGCAUCCGCUCGGUGGCUGGACUAAGGACGACGAUGUACCGUUGCCGGUACGCAUGGCCCAGCAUCAGGCGGUGCUAGACUCGGGAGUGCUCGAUCGCGAGCACACGGUGCUGGCGAUUUUCCCCUCGCCCAUGAUGUACGCUGGGCCCACCGAGGUCCAGUGGCACGCCAAAGCCCGAAUGAACGCAGGUGCUAACCAUUACAUCGUGGGGCGGGAUCCGGCCGGUAUGCCUCAUCCGGACAAGACCGUCUAUCCGGACGGUAAUCUUUACGACGGAACGCACGGUGCACGUGUGCUCAAGAUGGCCCCCGGGUUGGACAGCAUAGAGAUCCUUCCGUUCCGUGUGGCAGCGUACGACAAGUCUGUCUCGAAAAUGGCCUUUUUCGAUCCGGCACGUAAAGCGGACUUUGAUUUCAUUUCCGGCACACGUAUGCGAAGCCUGGCGCGCAAUGGAGACAAUCCACCGGAUGGAUUUAUGGAGCCGAAAGCGUGGCAGAUACUCGCCCAGUAUUACCAAUCGUUGCAGCAGGGCCAGUAGAAGCCGACAGUUUUUCCGUUUUAGUUGUUCGUAAAUGCAUUUUAUAAGCUUCCAGGCUCCGCAAAUGGAAUUGCAAGAGAGUAAGAGUAAGGGUAUUUUCUCGGGUUAGAUAAUUUCUCACUUUUCCACCACGCCACAUCGAGGCGACAAAGAGUGUUCCACGGUUUUACGUUUAUUCACGGUAUCUUUAUUCACAAAAGGUCUCUGCGACUCCCAUAGUGUGCUGCGAUGGGCUACUGUGAUGUCGGUUGAUGCCCGCAGUCGACAUGAAAGAAACGCGAAUAAAGAUACCUGUCAACGGGUACGUAGAAGGCGCGCCC